ACGUUGUGAGAGGCGGUGCCGCAAACAAAUCCCGGACGAUCGACUGCAGGAAGCAUCCUCCUGUGAAUCUCUGCUGCUCAAUUUCUUAUCUCCUGUUCGAACAUCCUCGUAUCCAUCCGUGUCCAAAAUGCGCGAAAUUGUGCAUUUGCAAGCCGGUCAGUGCGGAAACCAGAUCGGUGCCAAGUUUUGGGAGGUGAUCAGUGAUGAGCAUGGCAUUGAUCCCACUGGUUCCUACCAUGGAGACAGCGAUCUGCAGUUAGACAGAAUCAGCGUUUAUUACAAUGAGGCCACGGGUGGAAAGUAUGUACCCCGAGCCGUCCUGGUGGAUCUGGAGCCUGGCACAAUGGAUUCAGUCAGGUCCGGUCCCUUUGGGCAGAUCUUCAGACCCGACAACUUUGUCUUUGGUCAGAGUGGAGCUGGAAACAACUGGGCCAAGGGCCACUACACUGAGGGAGCCGAGCUGGUGGACUCCGUCCUGGAUGUCGUGAGGAAAGAGGCGGAGAGCUGCGAUUGCCUCCAGGGCUUCCAGCUCACUCACUCCCUGGGUGGCGGUACUGGCUCCGGCAUGGGCACUCUGCUCAUCAGCAAGAUCCGUGAGGAGUACCCCGACCGCAUCAUGAAUACCUUCAGCGUGGUGCCUUCUCCCAAGGUGUCAGACACUGUGGUAGAGCCCUACAACGCCACUCUCUCUGUCCACCAGCUGGUGGAGAACACAGAUGAGACCUACUGUAUUGACAAUGAAGCUCUCUAUGAUAUCUGCUUCCGUACACUCAAACUCACCACCCCCACCUAUGGAGAUCUCAACCAUUUGGUGUCCGCCACCAUGAGCGGGGUGACCACAUGUCUGCGUUUCCCCGGCCAGCUCAACGCUGACCUCCGUAAACUAGCUGUCAACAUGGUGCCCUUCCCCCGUCUGCACUUCUUCAUGCCAGGCUUUGCCCCCCUCACCAGCAGGGGCAGCCAGCAGUACCGCGCCCUGUCCGUGCCCGAGCUCACCCAGCAGAUGUUCGAUUCCAAGAACAUGAUGGCUGCCUGCGACCCGCGUCACGGCCGCUACCUCACCGUGGCUGCAGUGUUCCGGGGCCGCAUGUCCAUGAAGGAGGUGGAUGAGCAGAUGUUGAAUGUGCAGAACAAGAACAGCAGCUACUUCGUUGAAUGGAUCCCGAACAAUGUGAAGACCGCCGUCUGUGACAUCCCGCCCCGUGGCCUAAAGAUGGCUGCCACUUUUAUUGGAAACAGCACGGCCAUCCAGGAGCUGUUCAAGCGCAUCUCCGAGCAGUUCACCGCCAUGUUCCGCCGUAAGGCCUUCCUCCACUGGUACACUGGUGAGGGCAUGGAUGAGAUGGAGUUCACAGAGGCAGAAAGCAACAUGAACGACCUGGUGUCCGAGUACCAGCAGUACCAGGACGCCACCACUGAGGAGGGCGAGUUUGAGGAAGAGGGAGAGGAGGAUGUCGCCUAAAACCUCAACCGGCCUAGCUGCCAACCUCAUUUUACUUAACCCAUCCCUUUUCUCCCUCUCCAUCAUAAAUCGAAUGGCCUGCCACCGUCUUAACCAGUGUUGCUCUAGUGUUAGACUUUCAUGUGUAGUGAUACUAGUGAAAUGUGUGGUUGAAAUGUUUUUAUAUGUUGGACUGAAAUGUUGCCAUCCUUACAUCGGUCCUGUCGUUGACUUGCAGAAUUCAAAAGCAAGGAAUUUUAACUGUGAAGCCUUGAAAUUGAAGGGUGAAUAAAAUCUGAUUUAAAAUGCCA